AUGAACCGAUCUGUGCGUCAGGCGAAUUUUAGAUUGAUGGAGACAAUGAUUGAUUAUCUGUCGACGAAGAUCAGAAAAGAGAUUUAUGCAGCAAAAUGGACCUUGCGAUCGGCUCAAGAUCUGUUUCAACAGUUGAAGAAGAUUUCUCUCCAAUCGGAAAGGUCGGCAUUUGAUUCCCGAACCAAGUCCUUGUUUACAUUUGCCCUAAAUCACAAAGAGAAUCGUAAAAUACUAGUCGUUGCAGGAGGAUUUGGAUGCUCCUACUGGGCAACAAAAACUGACGAUUCUUUCAUAAAGAAUACACCCACAAUCUUAUCAGAUAUGCAUGGGGAUUACAUAAAGAAGGGAAAUCUUUGGAACUGGUUGAAGAAUAUACUUUUUUACUUGAUUUCGUUCUUUCUUAAUAAAAUCCAAGGUCGGUAUCACCCCCAUCAAGAAGAGGAGAAGGAGAUCAGCCAUCUUUGUGUUAUUUCAACAUUUCCUUUGAGCCGGAGGACUCCCGGAGCAGCAGCAGUCAGUUAG